AUGGUUGUUGGUGAACUAAGUGAGCCUUUUAACGUAGCUAGAGGACUUAGACAAGGAGAUCCAAUAUCUCCUUUUCUAUUUGCAAUAGCUAUGGAGUAUUUAAGUAGGCAGCUUAAUGAACUUAAGGAAGAUAGGCUAUAUCAAUUUCAUCCAAAGUGUGCAAAACUAGGUAUUACACACCUUAGUUUUGCAGAUGAUCUGCUGCUUUUUGCCAAAGGAAACCUAUCUUCUAUUAAUGCUCUCUAUAAGUGUUUCAGGCAAUUUUCUGAAGCUUCAGGAUUGCAAGCUAAUCUUGUAAAGAGGAAGAAUUCAAUUAGUCAAAUCUGUGCUGUUUGGAAUUCAAGCAUACUGGGCUCAGUUAUUCCUUAUUCCUGCAAAGGUUCUGAAAACUGUAGAUGCUUACUGCAGAAGUUAUGUAUGGAUAAGUUGUGGAUUAGAUGGAUUCAUGCUUACUAUGACAAAGGUAAGCCAUUGAUGGAGACAUCAAUCCCAGCACAAGCAAGUUGGAUUACUAGGAAGAUAUUGGAAGCUAAGAAACAGUUACACUUGAUACCUGCUACCAAGACUACAAGGAGUUUGAAACAUUCUAUUUACCAUCAAGUUCUCCCUGAAAUGAGGCCAGCAACUUGGAAAUGCCUUAUGUUCAAGAAUGAUUCUAGACUUAAAGAAAUCUUCAUAAUGUGGCUACAAUUACAGGGAAGAUUGGCUACAACAGAUAGAUUAGUGAGAUGGGGACUAACAAUGGACACAACAUGUACAUUGUGUCAGACACAAUUGGAAACAAGGGAACAUCUGUUCGUUGAAUGUGAAUUUGCUAAGGCUAUAUGGAUGAAGAUGUAG